CAAAGAAGAAGAACAAGAGGUUUUGCUGCAUUUCUCUGCUUCUGGACCCGCCUGGACCUCUUCCCACACUCUUCUCUCAAUUGCCUCAAUUCAUCCGACGAUUCUCUGCCAGGGGCUCCAAUUGCCCCUGUCAGCAACGGAUUCUAUUUAUGACCUUGCUAAAUGCUCUCGCGAUUGCGAUGCGCUCGGAGCCAGCGUGGCAUAUUAAGGCUGUUUUGGAUUUUGAAUCAAUUCCGUCCUGGCCGUUGUAGCUUGUUACGGGCGAACGGAGCAAGUGAAGGGACUGAGAGGGACUAAAGUGGUUUUUCUGGAUGCUUGAGAAUCGCGAUGGCAAGGUUUGGUGAUGGCCUCUGUGCGCUGGGAGUCGGUCGAUCGCUAUUUCCAUGUGGUUGAUUGGGGAAAUGCUAGUUCUGUUGCGGGUGUUAUUGUUGUGAUCGCUUGCCGACUUUAGAAUAGUGGAUUGGUCGAGUCUUCCUGGUUGCGAUUCGCAUUUUGGUGCUUAGAUCGACAGGGGACUGGUGAGAGCGAGGAUGACCGUGCGUUCUUUCGUUGAUGCGGAGGCGUCGAUGCAGAGGUUGAGGUGGUCUGGCCGUAGGGGAUAACGAGGUUUUGGUUGCUCAUUUUAUCCAGGCCAGGGAAGAGUUAGGGCGACCUCGUUGCGUCCCAACUUCAACGUCAAGAACUGUGUUUUCACCAUCUCUUAGUUUUCCGAAGCUUAGUUUCUGGACUUCUGUUUACGAUCUUCCACAUACUUGCUGUUCUGCAUUUUACGAAGUCUGAAUAAUGCUCCUUUGAAUGCCCUCGGGAGUACCAGCACAUAAGGAAUUUUGGCGAUUGGAGGUUUGUCCUGACGUGUGCGCCCGCUGGAGAGUUAGUGCGAAGACAAAUGGGGGAUGCAGCAGAAUUGCGGUAUUCGUGGGGAUGGGGGGUACCAUCGUACAGGGAGUAUGGAAUUGAAGAUGAACCAAGUAGACGCGAGGCGCCAGUAUUCGUGCCACCGUCACCCUCUAGGGCGGGGAGAGUGCAUCAGUCUCCUUCUCUGGCAGGGAGACGGCAUUCUAUGUCUGCCAUGCACUACCCUGAUACUCCCAAACAGGGGCCCUCACAGUCUCCCUCCUUUGUCAGCAAGGCUUUGAGAGUCAAGGAUCGCAUAUCACGUGCACGGGAGGAGUGCAUUGAGCUCCGACAAGAGGCUAGUGACUUACAAGAAUAUUCAAACGCUAAAAUCGAACGGGUGACCCGAUACUUGGGGGUUCUAGCUGAGAAAGCUCGCCGUCUAGAUGAUGUAGCAUUGGAAUCAGAGUCUCGUGUCAUUCCUUUGAAGAAAGAAAAGAAGAAGCUCUUCAAUGAUCUAGUCUCUGCUAAAGGGAACAUUAGAGUCUACUGCCGAGCAAGACCACAGUUCGAGGAUGAAGAUUCUAGUUUUAUAUCAUAUCCUGACGAUUUCACGCUUCGCAUAAAUUCUAAUGUUAGUACUGCUCCAAGUAAGGAUUUCGAACUGGAUCGCAUUUACGGGCCACAUAUUUCUCAAGGCGAUAUUUUCCAAGACCUCCAGCCUCUUGUACAGUCUGCGUUGGAUGGUUAUAACGUGUCCAUCUUCGCAUAUGGCCAAGCCGGAUCAGGAAAAUCUUACACCAUGGAAGGGCCAAGUCACGACCGAGGUUUAUACUAUCGAGCUUUUGAAGAGCUAUUUGACCUGGUUAACGCUGAAAACUCGCCAUCUUCAAGGACGGCUUAUUAUGUCACUAUGUUCGAGUUACACAAUGAACAGGUUCGGGACCUCUUGAAGACCUCAGACAGUAGUGGAGCCUCAACAGUUAUGAUGGGGGGAUUAGGGCAUGGUGUGGAAUUGGUGGAUGAGCGCAUAGAUAGUCCGUCUGGAUUUACUCGAGUAUUCAAGUUCGGCAGUCAGAUGCGAGCGAAUGUGGAUGGAGUGAAGUCUGAUCGCAGCAACCGAUCACAUUUGGUGGUGACUAUUCAUAUUUACACCACUGAUUCAUUAACUGGAGAAGAGCAAUACAGUAAAUUAUCAAUGGUGGAUUUAGCCAGUAGUGAGCGGUUCAGCAAAGCAGAAGUGAAUGGAGAUCGUUUGACGGAGUCACUACACAUAAACAAAUCUUUGUCUGCUCUGGGUGAUGUUUUUGCAGCCCUUAGUGCAAAGAAAGAUUACAUCCCCUACGGUCAUUCAAAGCUUACACAGCUUCUUGCGGAUUCACUUGGAGGGGACUCCAAAGCAGUUCUUAUUGCGAAUGUUAGUCCUAGCAAUUCCGAUUUACAAGAAACUAUUGCUACUUUGAAUUUUGUGUCUCGUGCUCGGAAUGCGGAGAUCAGCCUCGGAAAUCGAGACACAAUCAAGAAGUGGAGAGACGUGGCGAGUGAAGCCCGUAGAGAGUUAUACGAGAAGGAGAAGGAAGCGACAGAGGCUCAAGGUGAAGUGAUGCAAUUAAAACGUGCUCUAAAGGAGGCAGAUGCUCAGUGUCUACUUCUAUUUGAUGAGGUUCAAAAGGCAUGGAAGUUGGCAAGCUCUUUACAAGCUGAUCUUACUAGCCACGAAUCAUAUAUUAAUAAGCUUCAGGUGGAAAAUCAUAGAUUAAGCGAGCAGAAAAGCAGGGAUCAAGAUCAGUAUGCCGUCGUCAUGACACAAUUAUCAAUGUUCACAAUGCGUGAGGAGCAGUAUCAAUCACAACUGAAGGAGCGUGGAGCAAGGAUAGAAGCACUUGAAGUCAGGGUGCAAGUGCUGGAGCAACAGUUACAUGAAGCCAGAUCGGCUGCAGCAAGUACUUUGCCUGCUGGGCAGGACAAUUUAGCAGAAAUACAGAUGUUGCGUGAGGAAACUGAAAAUGCUGUAAGCAUUAAUCAAAAACUUGAAGAGGAGCUUACCAAGCGAGAUGAGCUUAUUGAGAGGCUCCACCAAGAGAACGAGAAGCUUUUUGAGCGACUUACGGAGAGGACUUCGACACUUGGUUCCCCGAAGAUCUCAGUCUCUCCAAAGAUCCCGCACCUGGAGCAAAGGGCUGUGGAUGACUUCAACUUGGACGGUAGUACUUACAGCAGCACCGCUCCAGCUUCUCCGGACAUGCGAUCAUCUAGUGUCAUGAAAAGUUCAUCAGUUGGGCAACCAUCUUCCCCACGAGGCGCUGUUGAACUGCUGAAAUAUGGAUCGGAUGAACAGUUGAAGUCAACACCAGCUGGGGAAUAUUUGACAGCUGCUUUGAUGGACUUCAACCCAGAUCAUUAUGAGAGUGAUGCUGCAAUUGCUGAUGGUGCGAACAAGCUCCUGAUGCUGGUUCUGGCAGCUGUGGUAAAAGCUGGAGCCUCUCGCGAGCAUGAGAUGCUUGCAGAAAUUCAAGGAGCUGUGUUUACCUUCAUACGCAAUCUGGAGAAUCGAACAGCAAUGGACACUAUGCUUGUUUCACGUGUGCGAAUUCUGUACAUUCGGUCACUUUUGUCCAGGGCACCCGAGCUACAAUCCUUGAAGGUUCCGCUUGUGGAACGGUUCCUGGAGAAAGCAGGAUCAGGAUUUAUUAGCGGGCGCAGCAGUCGUAAUUCUAGCCUUGGAAGUAGUCCACAGAGGUCACCUAAUCAUUCGAUUAAAGAUGGAUAUGACUAUCUGCAUGGAUUUAGAGUUAAUUUAAGACAAGAAAAGCGUUCCAAGUUUUCCUCCAUGUUCUCAAAGCUAAGGGGAAACGACCAGGAUAGUUCUCGGCAACAUGUCUCAGAAAGGAAGUUGAAAGAAACAUCAGAAGACGCACGUGCUUUUGCAAUUGGAAAUAAGUCUCUUGCCUCACUCUUUGUGCACACUCCGGCUGGGGAGCUGCGGCGUCAGAUUCGGGGGUGGCUUGCUGAGAACUUCGAUUUCUUGUCGCUGACCGGUGGGGAAACGAUAAGUGGUGUCUCAAGCCAUUUGGAGCUUCUCUCUACAGCUAUUUUAGAUGGUUGGAUGUCGGGACUUGGGGUUCCACAAUAUCCAAGUACUGAUGCCUUGGGUCAACUGCUGUCUGAUUACACUAAGAUGGUCUACAAUCGCCAGCUCCAGCAGUUACAGGACGUUGGAGCUGCAUUGGCAGCUGAGGUAGCGGAGGACGAGGAUCAAGUUACCAAGCUGCGUUCAGAAUUAGAAUCUGUCGAGCUCAAACGUCGCAAGGUCCUAACGCAGAUGCGGACUAAUAUAACUAUUCUGACUGAGGAGGAUGGUGCGUCGCCAGCUCGGAAUCCACCUAUGGACGCAAUGAAUGCUCGCGUUGCUUCACUUACAUCCCUUGAGGAUAUGUAUAAGCAGGCCGGGGAAAUGCGCAAGGAUGCUCCCGAAGGAAGAAGUACUGCCAACAAGAAGCUAAGCUAUUUGAAGCAUCUAGAUGCCCUUGAGGAGCGUAUGAGCACACUCCUUUCCAUCGAUUACCCCUGUGCUCAAAGAUGCAUUACGGACGCAAGAAGGUUUGUCGAAUUACUCGAAGUGCACCAAGAGGUCCCUGGUGUACGGCAUACGAGAUCUCGCACUCUGGAUGGGGUGAACAGAUCAGCUGAUUUUGUCCAUUUGGACGAGAGGAUGAACAACAGAGUUGAAAGUGAAGUCAUUCAAUGGAGUGUACUGCAAUUUAAUAAUGGGUCUGCGACCCCAUUUGUGAUUAAGUGUGGGGCUACAUCCAACCUAGAACUAGUUGUCAAAGCGCAGGCUAAAAUGCAAGAAAAGACUGGAAAAGAGAUUGUUGCAGUUGUUCCGGUGCCUUCUGCUUUGGCCGGUUUGUCGCUGGAGGGCAUCGCACAGACUAUAUCACAUCUCCCGGAAUCCUUUUAUCAGUUGGCUAUGGCUAGGACUGCCGAUGGCACUAGGGCACGUUAUACAAGAUUAUACAAGACACUAGCAAUUAGAGUUCCAUCAUUAAAACAUGUUCUGGAGGAGUCUGAGGAAUCUGCGUUGAGGUAAAAUAUUGAUAGAGCUGCUCCACUGCGCAAGUCAAUGCUUACAGCAAUUCAUGGGCUUAGAUCAAAGGAGUCGUGCAGACGGCCGUCAUUCUGCCCCAUCAUCGUGUUGCACUGCCGAAGCAACCUCUACUUACUUUGACCCGGGGUCAUAGGUACUUACCUAUCACAUAAGAUUGAGCAUAGCUUCAGCAAGUUUUUGGCCCAAUAAGGUUUCGGAUGCGUCUAGUUUUUACUUUUUUUUCUUUUUUCUUCAAACAUUUGGUUGGAAGGUACCAUUAGGAGCAGAGCAGCACGUAAUCCAAUGAUUGGCUGCUUUCGAGCGAAUGCAUAUCCUCCAAAUUAGUGCGGCGAUCUGUUUCUGUACAGGGCAUCUAUCUGUUCCAAGUCCAGCCGCGCAUGUGAUACUCAUCACACUACGGGCAGUGGCUGCACAGGCUUUUGUAAUAUAAAAGUGAAGGUAACUUCACGAGUCAGAUAUUGGUUGAGCUCUAUCUCUUGAAGUAAAUUUAAUCUCUUUUGUA